UCCAUAGUGGAAGAAAAGUGAAAUGCAUGCGCACAACAGCAGCCACCGCUAACUCAAUGCAGUAAUAAUAAAAUUCAGUCCAGUCUAUAUUUCUCAAAGCAUACCAGGAAGUGAGGGGGAUGUUUAUUCCCAGUCCAUCUGCUCCCAAUUCAUUGCCUCUUUAAAUAUAAGCAGCCCAGAGACCUCAUCAAAGUACCAUUAAUGAAAGCCUUUAUUUCCAAUAGAUAGGACUAUUGAAAGUGUGGUUGUCAUUUAAACAUGAAUUGUCUUAGCGGAAAAUAUUGCAAACAGAAUUUAUUUUUUCUCCUGCUAUUAUUAUGGAAUGGGAUUAAGAAUCAGGAGACUUUCAGUACGUAUCUCAGCUGACACCCUGACUCAUGUUUCAAGAAAGAAGCUCUUCACCUUGAAUUUGUCACAAAAACAGCAGCUGUGCACACAUUGGAUAACACACACCGAUCUUGCUGAAGUUCUCAGGGGUUCCUUCCUGGAGUAUGAAAAGCACCCCCGGCAACCGAUACAUCGCUCCUUUGCAUUUGAAGUCUUAGUAUCACGACAGGCAAUGGCCGGCGAGGAUGCGGGUGACACGACCCGCGCUGAGGCGGACCAACAGGCGAGAGACUCGGCGGCAGCGGCGCUGGACUCGGAGACGGAGGAGGGGGAAGUAAAGAAGGCUAAUAUUGGGCUGAAACGUUCUGAGAGUCCUGUAGUUAUAGAGGAAACUACUUUCCUGAAAGAAGGGGUGCAAAAUGUUGACCAGCCAUCAGCUGAACCUGUGAAGAGCUGCUGGAGACUCAGGCAGUUCUGUGCAUGUCCUCCAAGAGGGAUCCUCGCUUCUAUGGUAACGAAAGUGUCUAUGGCAUUGCUGCUCUUUGGAGUGGUCUGGUCUAUCACGGGCAAAGAGUGUCUGCCAGGUGGGAACCUUUUUGGGAUUCUGACGCUGCUUCUGUGUGCUGUUGUCGGAGGGAAGCUGAUGGGACUCGUUAAAAUCCCUACUCUACCCCCCUUUCCUCCUCUCCUUGGGAUGUUGCUGGCUGGCUUUCUUCUCCGCAAUGUCCCAGUUGUCUCUGAGGCUGUCAACAUUCAUUUCCAUUGGUCUUCCUCUUUGAGGAAUAUUGCCCUCGCAAUCAUCCUGACCAGAGCAGGGCUAGGACUUGAUCCACAGGCUCUUAAAAAACUGAAAGCAGUGUGCUUACGGCUCGCAAUGGGACCCUGUACAAUAGAGGCGUGUUCCGUGGCCAUCCUCAGUCACUUCAUGAUGAAUCUGCCUUGGAUCUGGGGGUUCAUCUUGGGGUUUGUUUUAGGCGCUGUGUCUCCAGCUGUGGUGGUCCCCUCCAUGUUGCUUUUACAAAAGCAGGGUUACGGCGUUGAGCAGGGCAUUCCCACACUUCUGAUGGCGGCGGGCAGCUUUGAUGACAUCCUGGCCAUCACUGGAUUCACAACCUGUAUGGGGAUGGCAUUCUCUACCGGAUCCACCAUAUACAAUGUCUUCAGAGGGAUCAUGGAAGUGGCCGGAGGAAUAAUCGCUGGAGUGGUUUUGGGCUUUUUUAUUCGUUUUUUCCCUAGCAAAGAUCAGAAAGACCUAGUGAUGAAGAGGUCUUUCCUGCUCCUGGGCCUGUCCGUCUUUGCUGUCUUUGGCAGUCAUGUUAUUGGGUUUCCUGGUUCUGGAGGCCUGUGUACCCUCGUGAUGGCGUUUCUGGCAGGCAUGGGUUGGGCGGAUUCCAAGGGUGCUGUGGAGAAUGUUGUUGGAAGGGCCUGGGACAUCUUCCAACCACUUCUUUUUGGUCUAAUUGGAGCAGAAAUAUCUGUGUCUUCCCUAAAUCCGAAUACAGUAGGUCUUGGUGUGGCCACCUUGUCCAUUGGUGUGGUAGUGCGUGUUCUGUUCACAUUUAUUAUGGUGACGUUUGCUGGGUUUAACAUCAAGGAGAAGGUGUUUGUUUCCCUAGCCUGGAUGCCUAAAGCAACUGUUCAGGCUGCUAUUGGUUCAGUUGCCCUGGACACUGCCAGAGCUAAACAGGAUCCAGUGCUGGAGAAGUAUGGAAUGGAUGUCCUCACUGUGGCCUUCCUGGCUAUCCUGAUCACGGCACCGAUAGGAGCGCUAGUCAUCGGGCUGACUGGACCAAGGCUGCUGCAGAGUCCUAGGGCGGCUCCCAAAGAGAACGGGGAAGCAGGUGAAGCAGGUAAAUCAAAAGAGGAAGAUGAACCACAACAGUCUGUGGCAUACGAGAGCAGAUUUUGAAGCCAGGAGGUUCACUAAUGAAGUAAAGAAGCUGGAUACUGUCAAGAGACUGUUAAAAUCUGUGAAUUGAAGUAAGAGUUGCACCACUUGCCAUCCAGCCAAUUGGAAAUGGAAAUACAGCUUUUAUUUUCAUGCAAAAAUUAUUAAUGCUUGAAUUUUUUUGGCAUUGAAUGUGAUUCAGAGUUGCAUCUCUGUCGUCUGACAUUUUGUUUCUAAAAUCAUUUGUGCAACAGCUUAGUUUAGUGAAUUCUUAUAGUAACUGCGGUUGAGUUUACAUCUUUAAGUGGGCACAAUUUGUAGAUGAAAUUCGGUGAGAUACUGUAGAUUUUGAGAAUUACUGCAUCAUGCUUAGUCACUUCAGUGAAGUGACAAUUCCAGUAAGUGUCUUUUCAAGUGAAAUUAUAUUGUCUUCAAACAGGCUACAGCCCUCCCACAUAUAAAAUCAACAAGUGUGAUUUUAAUGUUUAUCUAGAAAUGAUUUCAGUCAAACACAAGCAACGUUAAAAAGACAUGAAAAAUGUUUGUUUCCAUCUCGGGUUUCUCCAGAGAUGUAUGAUCAUACUUACAGUUAUCAGUGCAGUGACUCUCAGAUGUGACAUUUAAAUAGCAAUGGGACAUCAAGAUGUCUCAUUUUUACUGAAUCUUUCCAAAAAAUGACAACAAACUGAAUAUAAUGUUUUUUGUCUCAGGAAGCAAUAAAUUGGUAUUACACACUUAACAUUUAAUUAUAAUAUGUAACUGCAUGGAUGUGCAUCAUUCUAUUUUUCAUGUCCUAAUUGUACAUUAUGAAUACAGUUGUAAAACAUUUAUGUUAAAACAAAAUAAUAUAUUUAGUAAUAACAGAUAGCAACUUUGAGGGUUCUAUUCUAAAAUUAAUUUUGCGUGUAAAAUGAAAAUGUCACAAGAUUACACUGUUGGUAUGCUAUAUGACAAAAAAGGCCCGCAAAAAACAGCUAUUAUAAGCAUAUUACCUAAAGAAGUCAUUAAGACUUAAUGUUUCUCAAAGGCUGUAGAAAACGACAUUGUAGCAGUUUUUAAGGGGAUCACAGACUAAAAAAAAUUGUGAUCAAUAAAAAAAUAAAAGGAGUUGAUACUUGGUUGAGUUUAUAACAGAAGUUCAGGGGGAAGGUUAGAUCCUAAUCGAAUAUACUUCUGCUCGCCUACAUAUAUGUUUCACACCCAGGUCUUCCGUUUGCAUAUCUCUGUCACAUCCCCCCAGCACCCAAACUACACCCUUGCAGCAGCUCCUUAGCUCAUUCCUCGCAAUAGUGAGGGGGGUUUGGGAAGUCUAUUCUCAUAGCUGUCACACUAAAUACUCACAAUAUGUUCCGUCCCUCUAUCUCAUUCAUUAGGAUCUAACCAAACUACAACUACUGAGGUUUUCUUAGAAAAUAUAAAACAGAUCAUAAUUUGAAUUGCUCUACAUGAAGAUCUGAUCUUUCAAGAUUUCCCUUCUAUGUUUAACUUGCAGGAAAAAGUAUUAUUUAAAAUACAUAUAAUAAGAAAAUGAGUUUCUCUUUUGGAAUAAAUGUAAAAAGUGGUCAACUAUACUGCAAACUGCCAUAUUACAACCACAAGAUUGAGUGAUUUAUUUCAGGGUCUUUGCUUAUGAACAGGAUAAUAUGUUUGCAAUAGUCCAGUAAUAAAACAGAUUUGUGUGUAUAUGUCUAAAUAAUGUACUUGCUGUAUUAUUGAAAGUUACAUUUGUAUAUAUUUUUGUACUUGGAAUUUUAAUCUAUUUCAAUAAACUAUUUCUCCCAUCAUUAUAAUUAUUUUCUAGCUACAUAUACAGUACCUUUGACAUAUGACAGCAUAGAAACAUUUGACUCUUGACUUUACUUUCCCAAAUUAAUCUAACAUUAUUAUUUUAGAAGGUCUGAGCAUUUCAAAUGGCAUUUAUUUGUUUUGUACACUCCAGCAUUUUACUUACUGGAGUUCAUACCUGUGAAAUGCAUUUUCCACUUAUCUGUCCAUUUUCUAACCACUUAAUCCAGUUUAGGUUUGUUGGGUAGACAGAGCCUGUUCAAGCAGACAAUUAUGAUAUAACAUGAUGUGGAGACCUUGUAAAUAUCCGAAACAUGUGUUGAAAUCCAAAGAAAAAGAAAACCAUUUGGGUGUUUAGUAAUAUAGAUGCAUGUUUCCUGAUUAAACACAUGGCAUACUGAACCAGAGAAAUGUGCUCAUGGUUGUUCAGUAGUUCAGUUAAUUGUUACCUGUUUUAAUUAUUGACUCUCCUUUUUAGUUUGAAUAUGUUUGAAUAUGUUCAUUAGAGCUCAAAGAGCAGAUAAUUACAGGUGGUUUGAAGUCUUUCAACUUAAUCAACUUUUUACUUUAAAUAUUUUGUAAAUCAUUCUUGUAUGAAAAAUAUAUAGCCUCUAUAUGACCUAUCUUUAGUAUAAUUGUUUUCUGAAUGGAAUGUUGUUUAAUGCUGUGUUUUAGUUGGGAUAUGCAUAAGGUUCAGAGCUUUAAAUAUAAAUAAAGGUGAAUUUUUAAAA